AUGGUUUGUAUUAUGCUUGGGGAAAAUGCUGCUACUCAGCUUGAUUUGAUCCUCCUGUCUAAUGACACUAUAGCUAGGCGAAUUCAUAGUAUGGCAAGAGACGUGACAGAGCAAGUCACCAACAUGGUUAAGCAAAGUGCUUUUUUUGCCAUUCAGAUUGAUGAAACGACAGAUGUGUCGGGGUCUGCUCAGAUGCUGACCUACAUAAAAUUUGAGAAUGACAAAAAUCUACAUAAGAAAUUUUUUUUCUGCCAGCCGCUACCGCAACGUGCUACUGGGGAACAGCUUUUUUCGCUUCUGGAUACUUUUGUCACUGACUCUGGAUUGGAAUGGCUGCGCUGUGUAGGAAUUUGCAGUGACGGUGCUCGAUCAAUGACUGGAAACAACAGCGGGCUAGUGACUAGAGUGCAAGCUGUUGCACCACAAGCAGUCUGGACUCACUGCAUUAUACAUAGGCAAGCCCUUGUUGCAAAAAAAAUGCCACCUAUUCUAAAACAAGUCCUUGAUGAAGCUGUACGCACAGUAAACUUCAUUAAGAGCAGUGCAACAAGUGCACGCCUAUUCAGAGUUUUGUGUGAGGAGAUGGGAGCUGAGCACCAUCAGUUACUUUACCACACAGAAGUACGCUGGUUGUCACGGGGAAAGGUGGUCAACCGUUUAUUUGAGCUAAGGGACGAAGUAAUUUUUUUUCUUUCAGACAGAGAUUCCAUGCUGGCUGAAAAUUGUUUAGAUGCCAAGUGGCUUGCUAUGCUAGCUUACCUAGCAGACAUUUUUGAUCGGUUAAAUGUGCUAAAUACCUCCCUCCAAGGACAAGAAAUGACAGUUUUUUCAUCCACUGACAAGAUUGAAAGUUGGAUCAAGAAGCUGUCCUUGUGGUACACUCGUGUGGAAAGUGGUAAUUUUGAAGCAUUUCCUUUGUUGGAUGAUUUUUUGCAUGACAAUGAUCUUCCAAAACAUGAUUUGAAACCUGUUAUCAUCAGCCAUCUGGAGAGCCUUCAACAGCAAUUUCGUCAGUACUUUCCUGAAAAGGAUCGAAAAGCAGAAGCGUGGAUUAGGAAUCCCUUCAGUGCUGAAGCGACUGCAAAUGCUUGUUUGCCACUUUCAGUGGCUGAAAAAUUGAUUGAUCUCUCCUGUGAUGAGACACUGAAGCUGAGAUACUCUGAACAACGUCUUGCAAACUUCUGGAUCUCGGUUCAACAGGAAUACCCAGACCUGUCAUCUGCUGCAUUGAAGGUGCUGACGCCAUUUACAUCUACCUACCUUUGUGAAGCUGGAUUUUCAGCUUUAACAUUACUGAAAAAUAGGUACAGAUCCAGUCUCGUGUUGAAGAUGACAUUCGCCUUUAUCUCAGUCACACAAAACCCCGUUUCAAGAAUUUGUGUUCAACACUACAAGCUCACCCAUCCCAUUAAGACGUAA